CGCUGUAUACAAGCUGAAAGUGGGGGAAAAGUGAAGAUCUGAGCUCAUUUGAGGAGUUUUCCAAACCCGCAACCAGUCACACGAUCUUCGGAGAGGACGCAGAUAUCGAUGAUGACCGAUCACAACCGGAUCAUGGCCGAUUACAACGUGGUUCUGGAUUGCUGGAAAAAUGUCAAGGCCGACUACGCGGGUUACGGAGGAAAAGUUCUGACCCGUUUGUUUCAGAAGUAUCCGCAAACUAAGAAAUUGUUCCCGAAAUUCAAGGACAUCCCUACAUCUGAUCUGGAGGGAAACGCGGUGGUGGGGGCCCAGGGCGCGAUCGUGCUGAAGAAGCUGGGAGAGCUGCUGGAGGCCAAAGGAGAUCGCACUAAAAUCCGCGAACUGUUGGACACCUCACAAGCCAACACGCACAAGAUUGACCUCGGCAGCUUCAAGCUGAUCACUAAGGUGCUGGUGGAAGUGAUGGUGGAGAAAGCGCGUCUGGACGCGGCCAAACAGGGCGCACUCGAGAGAGUCAUGAACCACCUCAUCAGCAUCAUCGAUGGCCGCUACGAGGAGAUCGGAUUCAACGGUUAAACGACACGCUGAGCGUCACGAACUCAGCGGGAUCAUAGAAAAAGCGCUUGUCUUGUUAAUGCCAUUACUGAACAGAAGUUACUGUGCAGCUAAUACGAUAAAAACUAACCAUAGGAAACAAAUAAAAAAUAAACAUGCAACUGUGUUCAGAGAUUUUUGUCAGGGCAGCGCCAUGUUUAAUUUUGGCGGGAAUGAAAACGAGGCUGGAGCUGAAGUACAGCGCGUUUGAUGGAUUGACAACAUGCUGAUCGUUCAGCGUUAAACUUUCAGUAGACAAAACUCCAUAAACAGUUUUGAAAGUUGUGAAAAUUACGUGAUCUUUCUACAGCGCUUGUAUAGCCCCUCACAGCCUCGCUUUCAUCCGCGUUAGAUUCAAAAUGAUGAAAGUCAACUGGAAUGAGCAGAGCCAAUCACG